AUGACCACGGAAUCCGAAGCAGCAGCAGCAGCUGCUGCUGCUGCUGCCGCCACCACACCCAUCCUCACGCCAACUCAGAUAACGGCCCUCUUCGACAUCCUCACCCACUCACAGACGUACGCGGAGAUUGAAUCCUUCAAGUAUCCCGAUGCAGUGAGGGGCUACGGGCAUCCGUUCACAUCCGAUACCACAUCAUCGUCACCAGCAGAAGCAGAAGCAGACAAGGCAGAGGCAGAGGCAGAGGUAGAGAAAAACAAGGCAGAGACAGAGAUGAAGAACAAAGACGAGACUGGAACAACAAAAACUUCCGCACCCAUCCUGAGCACCCUGCUGAACCGCAUCGCCCUGCGACUACCGUGGCUGAGAGACCUGGCACCAGAGUUCUGGUCAGAGAGCAUACAGGGCCUACUCGUCUCGCUGGCGGAGGCGGACCUGUCGGAGAGCUAUGAUAAAGGGACGCUGGGGUUGAGAAAGACACUUGCCACCGGGAGCAGUGCCGUUGUUGAGAUGGUGUUUCGGGGCGUGGUGGGGGGUGUGCGGCGCUGCGGGGGUGACACCAUGCACGCCAUGCCUAGCAAGGACGGCGGGCGGAGUGAGGACAGUCAAUAUGAUUUGGGAAGUGCAGACGAUCUUCAGAGAGCCUGGGAUAGCGCAGUACAGCAACUCGUAUACGGAGACCUCACCCACUCCAUGUUCGACCACAUGGCCCGCACCAGCGACCUCCAAGGACAUUCGCCAACAAUCAAAGCCGCCAGCCAGUACACGAUCAUGCACCUCGCCGCAUUCAUGCACCAGACAUUCACCGUCUCCCCAGAGGGCCAGUACCUCCUCCAGCUCCUCGAAAGCGUCCACGGCCUGCUCCCCUACAAGAUGAUCAAGCAGACGCUGCGCGUCGGCAACGCCGCCACCAUGAUCAACGGCAUGCUACGGCUGCUCCUGGCCAAGCUCAGCGUCGGUGGCAUCACCAACUGGGUCGGUCUGACGACCAAUGCCGACGACGGAAUGAACCUUCUCCAACGCAUAAUCUCCCUCGUCCUCUUGUGGGAUGCUACCGAGUUUCGCAAGAUUGCCGAGCGUAUCGAAAAGGGAGCGGACAGCGGAGGCGGAGGCAAAUCAGACGCUUCGGCCACUCCGGAUGGCAAGGUACUGAAAAAGAUUCGGCAGUUUGCUCUUCAAGACGACAGGUCCGAGCACGAGGCCGUACGUGCCGCCAGCCUCGCCCAGUCGCAGUCCAUCAUCACGGCCAUCCUCACCAGCUCCUCCGAACCGGAGCUCGCAGCGUCUCUGUCCGAGGCCCAGCACGCUCAGUGCAUGGACUACUACUCGGCCCUGUUGUCGGUGCGCGACCGCGACGCCAUCACGACGGUCCUGUGCCGGCAGCAGCCCGACCGCUUCACUCAGGCGGUGCGUGAGCUUGUCACCACGUACGAGCCCUUCAUCCGCAUGGUGCAUCAGAACAUUGACCUGCGCGAGCAUCUCGAGGGCAUGCAGGGCUUCAUCGACGAUUUCAUCAAAACGUGUCGUCCCAAGGCCAACGCGGCCACCACCACCGCCAGCGGCAGCGGCAGCAGCUGGGUCAGCUGGACCAGGGGAGUCAUGCUCGCAACCGCUGCUGAGCGGGAAUCUGCGCCGACGGUGAAACCCCCCAGCGUAGAGGACUACGUCGGUCUCAUCGACAGGAACAAGAACCUCCUGUACCGAUGGGUUCACGCCGUAGCCAAGAACUGUCCCGAGGUGUGGACGGAGCUAGAGAAGUGGGUUUCCAUGGCGGCGGCCGAGUUUCGACACAAGGAUGACGGGGAUGGCACCGGGAUAGAGUCUCGUCUGGAGAAGCUGUUCCGAUCUCUACCCUCAGAGUCUGACCGACAAUCUGUCAGGCGUGCACUGGACUCACACGCGGCGUACCUCUCUACCCUGUCUGACCUAUCACACAGGAGGUUCCAGCAGCUGCUAGACAGGAAUUCCUCUACAGGAGCGGCAGAUGUAGCAGAAGAAGCAGCUACCUCGGUCAAGGUCGGUCCAGGAAUGUACCUCUCGAGAUGGCAGCACCUCCUUGAGCAGACGAGCAUCUCGCCAGAGCUUCCCGUCGGACCGGUACGCACAGGUCGCCAGGUCAAGCACACGCUCGCUAGGACCAAGGCGGGUAUACUGGGAGACAGAGCGCACGCACAGCAGGAUCUGGUGAUCAAAGAGGGGGAGAGGUUCCCGACGCAACCGGAUGUGAGUGUUGUGGUGGAUAAGCUGGGGAAGGGGUUCUUUGAGAUGCUGACUUGA